AUGAGCAAUACUGUUGUUUACUCUGACUACGGAAAACAUUUUAUGGAAUAUGUUGACGAUGAUAUGCUGUAUACUGCAAUAGAACAUAAUGAUAUAAAGCAAAUUUUAAAUUUCACAACAAUUAAAAUAGACGAUCUUGAAAAGUUCAUUUUCGGAUAUAACAAGCAUCAUAAUAACAUCGAGACAUUAGAAGCAUUGCUAAAUAUCUCAGGAUUUGAAUUCGGUGAUGAUAUUAACAGAGUUUUAUGUUUUUUAAAUUCACUUUCUAAAAUAUUAUCAACUCCAUUCUUCUCACAGCUUUCAUCAUAUUUUAAAAAUGUUACAAUACAAAACAGUGAACUUAAAUCAAACAUCAAUAAACUCAACGAAACAAUUCAAAAUCUUAAAAACGAACACAUGAAACUCAUAGAUUCAAUUAACUGCAAACAAGACAAAGAUAACUUUGAUAAACUCAAUGAAGCAAUUCAAAAUCUUCAAAACGAACAAACAAAUCUUAUAAACACGAUAUUAAGUAAACAAAAUAAUCAAGAAAGUAUUGAUAAAUUGAACGAAACAGUUACAUCUAUUCAAAACGAACAAAAACAAAUGUUUCAAAGCAUUAUAUUAAGCAAAAAAGUUAACGAUGAAACCAUUGAGAAACUCACCAUUCAAAUGAAUUCUUUGGAGAAGAGGCAAGGGGAACUAAAGAACUCCAUUAAUAACAAACAAGAUAAUCAAGGAACUUUAAGAAAACAAACUAAUCAACGAAGUAUCAUAGAAAACAAACAAAAUGAACCUGAAAAACAAACAAAACAAUUAACACAACAAAUAUCAACAAGUAUUGCAAACCAACAAUCAAUAACUGUUAAUAAAACAAAUGGAAAUCCAAAUUCAACAAAAAGUAACAAAUUUAUCAGUUCUUUAUUGAUGAUUCCUAAAACGUAUGAUAAUGUUUCAUCUAUAUAUUUCAUUAUUAAAUCAGCAGCGUUGGAAAAUAAUACAGAAACAAUAGAAUUUGCAUUAAAUAAUGGAUAUUUAGAUACAUUUCAAUCCAAAUAUUGGAAUUCUGAUUAUGAAAAUAUUCUAUGUUACGCAACAAAAGAAAACGACGUAAAAACAGUGAAAGCUUUAGUUGAUUAUGGUGUGAAUCCAAAUAUUACAUCUGAAAAUGGAAGGACGGCGCUUCAUAUUGCAUGCAAAAAUCAAGAUAUUCAAUUGAUUCAAAUUCUUGCUCCGGUUUCCAAUUUAUCAGCAAUUGAUUCAUCUGAUUAUACCCCAUUAAUGCUUGCAAUUACUUCAUCAGGAUAUUUCGAUUCUGAUCAAAUUGGAAUCGAAAAUAGUUUCAAAUCAAAAGAGAAAUCAGUUUUCACAAUUACAUCAUCAGAGGCAAUCAAAACAUUAUUACUCAAUUCCAUUUCUAAAUAA